UCAAGGCCGAAACUGUUAUUGCCUUCUGUACCUCUUCUUGAUACAUUUUACCUCACUUUCCACCGUACCUGGUUGUCAUAUCUCAUCCGUCCUGAUUUCCUUGCAUUGCCGUCACUUGAAGUUGUCGUCUUUGUUUCUACGCAACAGUCCCAACUAACAUACCAACUUCUCUCAGUUCGGACCAGAUCAUCCCAAUUUCGACGCACAAAGCUCAGGUCUGACAAACUGAAAGAAAGGAAUACCUUUAUUUUCAGCUUGCCCACUUCAAAGGACCGAAAAAUUGCGAUUCUAUAAAAACAUAUCCGGCCUUGCCCCCCCUUUCGCGACAGCUCGAUUUUCUUCGGUCAUUUCAGCUUAAUAGAUCAGACCCCGACGACUUCACCCUCUCACGUAACUCGAUUCAUUUUUUAAGACGUUGAUUGAGUGCUGUCGCAUUCAAAAAUUUAUUGGUGUUUUACUCCGCUGCGUGGAUCGUGCACGAUUAAUAAUUGACGAGCCGAAAUUACCUACGAGAUUACCUAUAUAGACGCCUCUUAUUGCCCUUAUAGGGUUAUAAUAUACCCCAUCGAGACCAUUGAGGCGUUAGGAUAUUUAGGUCCUCGACUUCUAUUUUGUUCUUCAUUCUGAACUCAACUUCCACCAUCCACUUCUUCGUCGGCAUAACAAGAUGUCGCGAACAGCCGCCCCCAAUCCAGCCGGAUCCCGAAAGAUUUCUUUCAACGUUAGUGAGCAGUACGAUAUUCAAGAUGUCGUCGGCGAGGGUGCCUACGGUGUCGUCUGCUCGGCGAUACACAAGCCAUCUGGCCAAAAGGUCGCCAUCAAGAAGAUCACCCCCUUUGAUCACUCCAUGUUCUGCCUGCGAACUCUUCGAGAGAUGAAGCUUCUCAGAUACUUCAACCACGAGAACAUCAUCUCCAUUCUUGAUAUCCAGAAGCCGCGUAAUUACGAGACCUUUAAUGAAGUCUACUUAAUUCAGGAACUGAUGGAGACGGAUAUGCACAGAGUCAUCCGCACUCAGGACUUGUCAGAUGAUCAUUGUCAAUACUUCAUCUACCAGACGCUUCGAGCGUUGAAGGCCAUGCACUCGGCAAACGUCCUUCACCGAGAUCUGAAGCCCAGUAAUCUUUUGCUGAACGCUAACUGCGACUUGAAAGUUUGUGACUUUGGUCUCGCUCGAUCUGCCGCGUCUCAAGAGGAUAAUUCGGGCUUCAUGACCGAAUACGUCGCUACCCGUUGGUACCGUGCUCCUGAGAUCAUGUUAACCUUCAAGGAGUACACCAAGGCCAUUGACGUCUGGUCUGUUGGUUGCAUUCUUGCCGAGAUGCUGAGUGGCAAGCCGCUGUUCCCUGGAAAGGACUACCACCAUCAAUUGACCCUGAUCCUGGAUGUUCUGGGUACCCCGACCAUGGAGGACUACUACGGAAUCAAGUCUCGCCGCGCUCGCGAGUACAUCCGUUCUCUCCCCUUCAAGAAGAAGGUUCCUUUCCGAACGCUCUUCCCCAAGACUUCCGACCUCGCACUAGACCUGCUAGAGAAGCUACUUGCCUUCAACCCCGUGAAGCGUAUUACUGUGGAGGAGGCCUUGAAGCACCCGUAUCUCGAACCCUACCACGACCCCGAGGACGAGCCAACUGCGCCCCCGAUUCCGGAGGAGUUCUUCGACUUUGACAAGCACAAGGAUAACUUGAGCAAAGAGCAGUUGAAGCAACUUAUCUAUCAAGAGAUCAUGCGGUAGAAACGGAAUGCUCACGAGACAUCGGGCAUGGGCUCCCAAAUACUCAACCUUGGUUCAUAUCUCAUGGAGAGUCUUAAGCUACGAGGCCGCAUCUAAAAUACAACAAAAGACGGACGGACAACAUGAGGAAGGCUGGGUAAAUAGGUGGUAUGAAAGGGGGGAGCUAAGCUGAUGUGGGGGGUUUGGCAUAGCAAAGUGAAAUUUCAGGCGUUGAUCAACAAAGCAAGCAUAAGCCUUGGAGUCAGU